AUGACCACCGGCACCUUCAAAUACAUCGACCCCAGUUCCUAUGUCGAGAGCGAUGUGCCCUUCGUGAAGCCUUGGACGAAGGUCGAUGGGGGAGGCUAUUCGUUUAAGCUGACCGACCACAAGCGAUCGGUUGAAAAUAUUCGAGGACAAGAAUCAAAUUUCUCCGUUGACACCUCGGGCUUCACCGUUUACCGUUCUCCUGCCCAGGAAAAGGCAUUUACUGAUGAGAGCAAAGUUCGAGAAGGAUACUAUGCGGAAGUUGACGCAUUGCUUCGACAGAAGUUACCGGGUGUUCAGAAGGUGGUCAUCUUCGAUCAUACAAUCAGGAGACGAGAAAAGGCAUCACCGCGCCAGCCUGUGCAGCAGGUCCAUGUCGACCAGACACCCAAUGCGGCUGCAGUGCGCGUGCGAAGACAUUUACCUGCAGAAGAAGCCGAAGAGCUUUUGAAGGGACGAUACCAGAUCAUCAAUGUGUGGCGACCAAUUUUACACGAAGCUUCGGACUUUCCACUCGCAGUGAUCGAUUGGCGGAGCACUUCUCCCUCCGAUUUUGUCAAAGUUGAUCUCCUUUAUCCCAAGCGAAAUACCGCGAACGAUGAUGAUGACGAUCGGGGCAAGGAAGUUCUCCCCGAUCCAAAUUCGGCAGACUCCACAACAGGAUAUGAAGUCAAGGGCGAAACGUACGCAGUUAGACCGAACGAGAACCACAAGUUCUUCUACAUGAAGGACAUGACACCAGAAGAAGUGAUGUUCAUCAAGUGCUUUGAUUCCCGGAGCCAGGUGAUCCCCGGUGGCAAACCUGGUGUGGCAGAUAGUACACCGCACACGGCAUUUGUGGAUCCACAAACUCCCGCUGACGCUCCCGGAAGACAAAGCAUUGAGGUAAGAUGUCUGGUGUUUUAUGAAUAG